AUAUCACGAUUUCCGCAACAAGGGUGUUCUCUAACUGCUGAUAUUUUGUUAACUUUGCAGCAGGCACAACAUGAAGAUAGGCUCAGUGAGCUGACUGAUGACAUUAUAUUGUCUAUCCUAAUGAGAGUCGACACAACUACAGCAACACGGACUAGUGUGCUGUCAAAGCGGUGGAGGAAUUUGCCUCAGUUGCUUCCUGAGCUCAACCUCCGUGUCUGGGAUUUCCUGCCCAUCCCACGCCUCGAACCUGUUGAGGCACAUAAGAUGGAUCAAGCAAUGACUUGUCUAGCCAAAGCAACUAGGAGCUUCUUGGCUGACCCCAGCAGAAAGUCCUCCGUCACAAGGCUAAGUCUUCAGCUCUACAUGACCGGUGGUCACGUGUGUGAGAUUGGCCCGCUGGUUCAUGGCGCGAUUGACUGCGGGGUGGUAAAAGAAUUAAACCUUUCUAUUGUUGAUGACAAGGAACCUAGCAUCUGCAGUCAUGAGGAUAUGCUACAUCAAGCCCAGGCCGUCAAUGGAUUUUUUACAGCCUAUCCUUGUGUGCUUCGUUGCCUCACAACGCUCCUUCUGCAUAAUGUACGGUUUGCUGAGUGGGAUAUAAAUCACCUUCUAUUUGACUGCUGCAACCAACUGCGGCAUUUAACUCUGGAAAACUGUGACGCUGGCGACUUUUCGGUAUGGCAGAUAAAUGCGCCAAAUUCCAAGCUCAGAAUCCUUGAAGUCUGGAUGUCCUGCUUGAAGAGAGUUGAAGUGCUCUGCCUUCCGAAACUGGAGCGGCUCCAUUGGGAUGAGUGGUUUAGGUUUGAGUCCCCCUUGCGUUUUGGUUCUGCCCCAUCUCUCAAGGAAUUGGCUCUUAUAUGUGGUGCAACCCUUGAUCAUGAAGUGUUUAGUUUAAGUGAGGUUGUACGUGGUACCACGAACAUACAUACUCUUACUCUGGACUUCCAAGGAGAACGCCUUUGGAUACAACCUGAAGGAAGGCAACUCUGCCCUGCAUUCCAGAAGCUAAGAAAGCUGUAUAUUUGGGGCAUUUUUGUUGAGUUUGACCUGUUAUGGACAAUAAAUUUUCUUGAAGCUGCUCCAUCUAUUGAGAUAUUUUCUGCGCAGGUGUUUGAUCAUGCUUGCCAAGAUGACGAGGAGGUAAGAACAACAGAACUUUACGAGGCUCAGAAAACAAAACCGCAAUGGAACAUCCCUAAGUUCACAAGCUCUAAACCAUGGCAAUUGAAAGAGCUUGAACUUGUCGGCUUUAGGCCUCUAGAGCAACAGUUUCUAUUUGUAAGGUCUGUGAUGGAGCGAGCUGCAAACUUGAAGGCAGUUCUUCUCAAAGAAGAUGACGAGCCAUGCCAAGACUGCGAGAGAUUGAGCAGGCCACAUCCUCCUCCGAUAGGAGGUUUCUUCCCGAGGGACAAAGAUGAGCAAGAAACAAUCGUCAAGCAGCUUAGAGAUGGGGUCUGGUCCUCCGCACGGAUAAUCUUUUCAAAGUAUUGUAAUAGUUGAAUGUGAGCUGUGGUAAUUCGAUGUGUCUGUUGUAUUCAGCGUAAUUCACCUAUCAAUGUCUUGUUUCUCUUAUCUUUUCGCAAUGUAGAAUUUAUGUUGUCGUGCAAUUCUUGUAAUAGAAGUUGAAUGGUAUUCUAAUCAGUGGCCUUCUGUUCUGUGAAA